AAUUUCAGUAUGUUUCUUCUUAAGCACCAGUCACACUCGACUCGCUGCAGAAACGGACAGCAGCUCAACCCUCAACCAUGCGGACACCGGGGAUCCUGAUAUUCGGCAUGGUCCUGGCACCCUGCGGAUGGAUCCUGGACCUGACCAGCACGGUCGCGCCAAACUGGCGGACCAUCCACAACCUGGCAAACGAGGCUUCGGAUCUGGUGGUGGAACAGGGAAUCUGGGACAUCUGCAGGACCUCCACAACGUCUAGAUCCCAACAGUGCAACCAGCAAAGCAACGACCAAAUCUAUUUUAACAGCCAGAUCAUUCCGAUCGCUAAAGGAAUGAUGGUCGCGUCGUUGAUCGUGACGGCGCUCGGCCUUGCAGUUGCAACACCUGGAGUCAGAUGCUGGAGGGAAAGACCCAGAUGGAUACUGGCUUCUUUGGGAGGCCUUCUUAUCUUCUGCUCCGGAGUGUUGACCAUCAUUCCCAUUGCGUGGUACACUCAUAUCCUCACCAGCAUCAAUUCCACCUCUGUCAAGAGAGACCCAAACAGAUCGGAUGACAUUCGUGUGGGAUACUGCAUCAUUUUGGGCUACAUCGGAGGCAUUAUGGAAGUCCUCGGGGGUUUUGUGAUGUUCCUCGGGAUUUGCUCCUGCUGCGGCGGACGCAACCGAGGAGAAAAACCGCCUCGAACCAACACACAACGGCCGGCGGCGGCCAGACCGGACAGAUCGGACAGACCGACGCCUCUGCCAAGGGUCAGCGUACCGAGACGCUAUAGCAGGAGCACUGAAAGCAGCGUGCCAUACUCGCAGAAGUCAAUGGACGAUGACCUGGACUUCCCAAGAGCCAAAACCAGAGACAGGGGAUUCGUCAACACAUCCUACAACGGAAGACCUUACGAUGCUGAUCUGUGAAAUUACUAGCUUAGCUAGCACACUGUGAAUAUUUUGUGAGCGGUAACAACUUUUAAACACCUGAUAGAUGUUUGAACAACUGCACUCUUGAAAAUGAAGAUACUUUGUUGUCACUGAUGGUUCCAUUUAGAACUUUAAACAUCCAUGGAAUCUUUCAAUUGAGCAAAGGUUCUAAAUAGUGAAAAAUUGUUUGGAUUUUUAGAGUUCUUUAGAACAAAAAUUUUUUUUUUUUUUUUUUUUUUUUUUAA